CUUAAUGCUGUUAACGAUAUUAGCUAAUACCAUUGGUACACUAUGGAGUUCAUGGAAUCUGGUGUCAUCCUGAUGUGAGAGAAAACAAACUUAAGGUGAGCAGAUAUUGAAAUCUGCCCUGAGGCAUCCAGUUCCUGACUGGGAGGGUGGGUGGAAGGAUUUGGGCAGGUUCCUAGGGCAGUUCUCACCUCCCAUUACCUGUCACUUUAUACCUGAACAGGUAAUCAACCCUGACAAACUGACCUGUCAACUGAUAGAAGUGUGCCUUGCCUACCCCACCGAAAACCAGCAGCCCCUCACCCUGUACUGGGGCCUGGCCUGUGCCUAUUGAGCCUCAGUUCAGUACUCUCAGAGGACUGUAGUUGAGGUAGGAACCCAAACUGCAUUUGAGGAUAAUAAUGGCUGAGAUAGGGACACAAAGAACAAUUACAGUUAUUGCCCCAGUAGUGAAAAAAAAAAAAAUGAACAAGACGAGCUACAGGUCCAUAUCAUCAAUUAGAAAGGGAGGAAGAAGAGGAGGAUCAGUGGAGAAGGAGGGGUGACGCUUUUAGCGCUGUGUAUUUAAUACUAGUCACGUCACUGCUGGGGGGAGUAGUUCCGGUAGGGGGAAAAUGCCACGGCCGGAAACAAAUGUGGCAAGUUUUGACUGGCUCACUUCAGCUAAGGAGCCUGCGGACCCCGGCACCCUGCGCCCUGCCGUUUCUCCCCUCUUUCCCCGUCCUUCCAGGACGUUUUUGCAGGACGAAGGGCUAAGGAGAGACGGCGGCGCCGAUAUCAGCUGAGUCUAGCCAAGCCGAAAAAGGAGUCCAGCGGGGUACUGGGAAGAGGCAGCAAAGCGGCAGAACCGACCCACACACACCCCCAGCACAGUGGACUGGUGGUAGAGGCGGUGCAGGACCCUGGUGCCGAACUGAACUCAGCGGAGGGAGAGUCGACUCGGCUUGGACGACCGAGCUUCUGGGGGUACUGCGGCACGGGCGCACUCUAUGAGCAGGCUCGGCCCUAGGCUCAAGAUGGCGGCGGCAGUGGCGGAUAAACAGAAGCACGAGCACGGCCGGGUGAAGAUUGGGCACUAUAUCCUGGGCGACACGCUCGGCGUCGGUACCUUCGGCAAAGUCAAAGUUGGUAAACAUGAAUUAACUGGGCAUAAAGUCGCAGUGAAGAUCCUAAAUCGACAGAAGAUUCGCAGCCUUGAUGUUGUAGGAAAAAUUCGCAGGGAGAUCCAGAACCUCAAACUCUUCCGACAUCCUCAUAUAAUUAAACUGUACCAGGUCAUCAGUACACCAACUGACAUUUUCAUGGUGAUGGAAUAUGUUUCAGGAGGAGAACUGUUUGAUUAUAUCUGUAAAAAUGGAAGGCUUGAUGAAAAGGAAAGUAGACAUCUGUUCCAGCAAAUCCUUUCUGGUGUGGAUUACUGUCACAGGCAUAUGGUAGUACAUAGAGAUCUGAAGCCUGAAAAUGUGCUGCUUGAUGCACACAUGAAUGCCAAGAUAGCUGAUUUUGGUCUUUCAAAUAUGAUGUCAGAUGGAGAAUUUUUAAGAACAAGCUGUGGUUCCCCUAACUAUGCUGCACCAGAAGUAAUUUCAGGAAGAUUAUAUGCAGGUCCAGAAGUAGAUAUUUGGAGCAGUGGAGUUAUUCUGUAUGCUUUGUUAUGUGGAACACUUCCAUUUGAUGAUGAUCAUGUGCCAACCCUUUUUAAGAAGAUAUGUGAUGGUAUCUUUUAUACCCCUCAAUACCUGAAUCCAUCUGUAUCUAGUCUUCUGAAACACAUGCUGCAAGUAGAUCCAAUGAAGAGAGCAACAAUCAGAAACAUUAGAGAACAUGAAUGGUUUAAGCAGGACCUUCCCAAGUACCUGUUUCCUGAAGACCUGUCAUAUAGUUCUACCAUGAUUGAUGAUGAAGCCUUAAAAGAAGUGUGUGAGAAGUUUGAAUGCACUGAAGAAGAAGUGCUAAGUUGUCUGUACAGCCAAAAUCAUCAGGAUCCUUUAGUGGUUGCUUAUCACCUCAUUAUAGAUAAUAGGAGAAUAAUGAAUGAGGCCAAAGACUUCUACUUGGCUACAAGCCCACUGGAUUUUUUUCUUGAUUAUCACAAUCUGUCUCGACCUCAUCCUGAAAGAGUGCCAUUCUUAGUAGCUGAAGCACCACGUCCCCGCCAUACUCUUGAUGAGCUGAAUCCACAGAAGUCAAAACACCAAGGUGUAAGAAGAGCCAAGUGGCACUUGGGAAUACGGAGUCAGAGUAGACCAAAUGAUAUCAUGUCUGAAGUUUGUCGAGCAAUUAAACAACUGGAUUAUGAAUGGAAGGUUGUAAAUCCAUACUAUCUGCGUGUUCGAAGCAAGAAUCCAGUAACAAGUGCAUAUUCCAAAAUGAGUCUACAGUUGUAUCAGGUGGAUAGCAGGACGUACUUACUGGACUUCCGUAGCAUUGAUGAUGAAAUUACUGAAGCAAAAUCUGGGACUGCAACUCCACAGAGAUCAGAUUCUGUGAGCAACUGUAGAUCCUGUCAAAAAGAUUCAGAUGGUGAUGCACAGGGAAAAUCUGAAGAUAUGUCCCUUACACCAUCAGCAACCUCUUUGAUUGAUUCUUCUAAGGCUGAAUUAACUCCAAGACCAGGGAGUCAUACAAUAGAAUUCUUUGAGAUGUGUGCAAAUCUUAUUAAAAUACUUGCACAUACUGACCAACUUCAAUCAAGCUUUGGUGUGGAAGGGGCUAGCAGCGGGCCUGUUAGCUAAAGGAGCGAGAAGUAAGAAGAAGAAGAAGCUGAUAAGGACCUUUCUCCAAGGCCAUAACCAAGGAGAUCGAGAGAAGGAAGAUAAGAGCAUUCUGCAGCUGGAUGAAGCAUUCUUCGGAAGUUAGGUGGAGUCAGAGUAACUUUUCACCAAUGGCAUGGUAUUGAAUUAUUGUGGCCAAUAGCUAAGGUAGAAGAAGGGUAAACAACUGGAAAGUGUAUAAAAGAUCAGCCAUUUUCAUUAAUAAACUGUUGCCAAGUGUUACCAACUGA